CAAAAUACUCCCACACCCCAUAUGAAGUGUAUAAAUAGAUCAACCAUUGAUCCAAAGCUAAGCUAGCCUAAGGGCUAAGGCCUCAUUCAUUUAUCUUCAAAGCUAAGCUAAGCCCACUCUCGUAGCUCUCCAUAAACACCCCAUUGAUCGAACAGAUAAUGGUGAAGCAAAAGGCAGUGAUUAGUGUCACUAUGAGAGAUGAGAAAGCUCGAAUCAAAGCACACAUGAUUGCCGUUCGCCAAUCAGGAGUUGUUUCAGCUUCGGCGGAACAAGAGAAGGGGCUGAUAGAGGUAGUCGGCGAGUUCGACGUGGUAGUACUGACGAUCGAGUUACGGAAGAAACUUGGGCAUGCUGAUAUAUUGACGGUGGCGGACGUGGUUGAGAAAAAGGAAGAAAAGAAGGAAGAAAAGAAAAAAGAAAAGAAAAAGGAGGAUGAGCAGCCAAAACCCCAAAAUAUGAUGGUCACUUAUGAUCCUUCUUGUUUUCGGCCACCACCUCCCUACUACUACGCUUGUCCAGUUGAUAAUUAUGAAUAUGCAGCAGGCUGAGUGAUGAUAUUGUAAUUAUAUUCCAGCACUGGUUUUGAAGCUUUUCUUUAAUUUAAUAAUAAUGUCAAGAUCCAGCCAAUUCAAAGACAAUUGAAGGUUCGGAUAUUUGGUUUUCUGUGGAAUAUAUUUAAUUUUAUGGAGUUAAACUAUGCCCGAUCACAAUGGGAUAUAAUUUGGAAUUUUAUAUUUAUUCAUGUAUAAGUUGGUCACUGACGAAUGCUGAGUAAUAUUUUUACUGGUUGAUUACGUCUAA